AUGCAAUUCCUCGUGUCCUUGCUCUGGCUUGCCAGUGUGGGACGGGCCAGCUCAAAGGCGACCUCCGAUUCCGCCUUGACUGUGAAGACCAAUACUGGCAUCUUCACAGGCGUCCAGAAUUCCUACCAUGCAACUGUUCGGGAAUUCCGAAACAUUCCAUAUGCGCAAUCUCCGGUGGGAAAAUUCCGCUUUCUACCUCCAGAAACCUUGCCUCACUCCGACGAACAUAUCUAUUCGACGCGGUUCCCUCCCUCAUGUCCUCAAUUCGAGGGGACCUCCCCAAGUUUCUGGAAUACAUAUGGAACCUACUUCUUGCCACAGAACGGCAACCAAAAUCACUCCAAUGGCCAGAGUCUGCAGACAGGGUCAGAGGACUGUCUCCGCUUGGCUAUCUGGACUCCGUAUCAUGUUGCCAAAGGCAGCAAGCUUCCAGUCAUUGUCUGGUUACCUGGUGGAGGCUUCACAUCCGGUGGAGUAGACGUUAUAUGCCAGAAGCCCCAGAGUUGGGUUAGCCGUACCCAGGGACAUAUUGUGGUGUCUGUAAACUAUCGCGUGGGCAUCUUCGGUUUUCCCAACGCUGCAGGCUCCGACUCGCCCAAUGUCGGUCUUCUUGACCAGCGCAAAGCCCUUGAAUGGGUCCAUGAGAACAUCGAGGCCUUUGGAGGAGACCCGGAGGCUAUUACACUUUGGGGCCAGUCCGCAGGUGCCAUUAGUACUGAUUACCACAACUACGCUUACUGGGAUAACCCGAUUGUGAGAAGCAGCUUCUCCCAGUCCGGGACCGCGCUGAAGGGCACUGCCACAGAGGACUAUUCGCACACGAACUUUACUUUUGUGGCGAAGAGUCUAGGUUGUGACUUUCCCAACAACCCGAAGGCCGAGCUCCAGUGCUUCCAAAACGUCCCUGCUACACAGAUAACGAACUUCAUCGGCACCACCAACGAGACAAUCUCAUUCAAUCCGAUCAUUGACGAAAAGCUCGUCUUUUCAAACUACACUGCCAGGGCUGCGGAAGGGAAGCUCGCCAAUAUCCCCAGCAUCUAUUCCGACGUCGCCAACAACGACGCUACGCUAGCUCCAUGGCCCUCCUCGAACGUGACAGUCGGCCCCUGGGAACCGGCCAUUGUCGCGGGCACCCUCUCUGGCUGGGUCUGUGCCACCGCAAACACGAGUAACAUGCGUCACGCUGCGAACCGCCUUACCUACCGCUACCAGUAUGCUGGACGGUGGUCUCAUGUGGAGCCGUUUCCCUGGCUUGGGGCCUAUCAUUCUUCGGAUAACCCGAUGAUAUACGGUACUUACUGGCUGAAUACGACGAAUGCCACGACAGGCCCGACUGAGGCGGAGGCUCAGACGAGUGAGACUAUGCAAGAUAUGAUUUUUGCUUUCUUGAAGGAUCCUGUGAAGGGGCCUCCUGCCCUCGGGUGGCUACCGUAUACUUAUGGGUCGAAUGUGCUUCGUUUUGGAGCCGACGGAGUGCCAGUGCAGAAUGUGAGUGGGUAUGAGAUUGACGGGCCUUGUUACGGGAAUGGGACAUACAACCCUUAUCCCUAG